AUGGCUCGAUGGAAACAGGGAGAUGCCCAGCUCAGAAAGAGAACAGCUCAUGCUUCAACUUUGGCCAAGCAAUAUGCAUGGGAGCAAUCAGUGGCCACAAUCUUGGCAGCACCUGAAGGACUGGACGUGAUUGCGUUCAAUGCGGCCUUCACGGCUUGCAAGGGUCAUUGGCCUGCAGCUGUGUCGUUGCUACAAGUGAUGGCUCGGCACCUGGUUGAAGUUGACACCAUCGCUUCCACAACCCUUCUGAAGGCGUUUGGGACUGGCAUGACGUGGCGCCCUGUCCUCUCGUUUCUGGAGCGAGCGGCCGAUGAAAGCAUCCGACAUGAUACAUAUAUGCUGAGCACGGCAAUCAGUGCAUGUGAGUCAUGCAGUAUUUGGAAUUUUGCCUUUCACAUUCUUUCAAGUGCCUUGAAGCCUAAGACACCUGAGCCUGAACGCGUGCAUGACACGCCAAUCGCACUUGAAAGAUCGAUGCACGCAUGGAACUCCUGUCUAGCAGCAAGUGCUAGAGGCAGCAUGUGGUGGUUGGGGAUGAACACCUUGCACCAGCUAUCUUUGGUCAAAUUGCAGCAGGACGUGGUAAGCUGCAGCUCGGUUUUGCAUGCCUGUGACGUUGGCAAACGGUGGCAAAAUGCUUUGCGUGUGUUCUCAGGCAUGCUGGAACAUGGCCCCAUUCCCAACGUAGUGGCCAGCGGAGCUGCAAUCAGCGCCGCCUCAGUCUCAGCAAGAGGUGGCGAGUGGGCUCUUCAAGAGCUACAGCGAAUGCACAGGAAUCACUUGCAGCUAAGCGUUGUGUGUUUCAAUGCUGCCCUCAGCGCAUGUGCCACCUCUUUUCUUUGGGCGGAAUGCCUAGCUUUGCUGAGAGACAUGCGAGAUGUGAUCCACCCAACCAUGGUGAGCUUUGGGGCAGCUAUGUGCGCCGUUGAGAAUGUCGAACGCUGGGCAGAAGCCUUAGGCCUUUUCACAGAAGCCUUGCAAGUUGGAUUGCGACCAAGCCUUGUAGCAGUUUCGUCGGUGCUGGCCGCCUGCAAACACGAGAGUUCCAUGUGGAGAAUGGCCAUCCAUCAGACCUCGGAAUGCAAAAGAGCUCAAGUUAGUUCCAUGUGCCGAUUUGAUGGACUUUGGCCACCGAACCUCAUCAUGGCCAAUGCAUUGUCAACAGCGUGUGAACGCGCCGGACGAUGGCAGCAAUGUGCAGCAGUCCUGAGCUCUCUUCGAACAUGGAGACAUCGUGCUGACGAGCUGACAUAUGGAAACCUUGCAUCAUCCCUUUUUGCAGAUGCAACUGCAACAUGGGAGAUUAGUGUGAGUUUGUUGAAGGAGCUAGGCGAAUCUGACCUGAAGCCAGAUGUGAUUUGCCUUGGCUCCGCCCUCCGUAUUUGUGAGCUGGGAGGGGUUCAACAAGCCCCCUUUGUUCUUGAGAUGCUGGAAGGCUGCGGGGACAAAGCCAUCUCCAUGAUGAAAGCAUAA